GUAUCAACUAUUACAGAUUGAAUGGGUUGAAAGGCGAACAAAAUUAAUAUGUUUUCGCGACGUGAUUUAAUAGUGCCUUUAUUUUCGGAUGGGAAGAGAAAGUAGUUACACCUAGAUCUUGCAGGAAAAUGUUCAGUUCAAAAAGUUAUCUUGAGAAGAAAACUGGUCCAUAUGGUAUAGGAAGGCUUAGCUACCUUCAGUCACUGGUGAACGAAUACCAGAACACCGAUGACAUAGAGGCUAAAAAACAAAUUAUGGCAAAUCUUGCUAAUUUUGCUUAUGAUCCUAUAAAUUAUGAAAAUUUUAGAACUCUGAAUAUACUUGAUCUUUUCCUUGAUGGUUUGGAAGAGUCAGAGGAAGAUCUGGUAGAGUUUGCUGUAGGAGGGAUUUGUAAUGCAUGUGCCGAAAGGGAUAACAGGAAAUAUGUAAUCGACAAUGGUGGCGUAAAGUUAGUCAUCGGUUGCCUUUCCAGAUAUUCAGAAGAUACUGUACUAUCUGCAAUUACAACUUUAAUGUAUCUAGUCACUCAAGAAACUCGUGCCGAAAUAACCUGUUUGCCAGUAGUUGAGUGCAUGUUGAGAUUAUCGCAAUCAAAGAAUGUAAGACUGAGGAAUUUGGCAACAGUUUUUCUUGAAGAUUAUUGUAAUGAUACUGUGAUACAGGAGGCAAAGACGAUGCAGAAAAAUAAUGGAUAUGUUCCAACUACUUGAAAGUGGAUCAUGGUGUAGUGUGAUACCUUACACAUUUGACUUGGGAAAAAAAAUCAGACAAUUGUACGGGGGAUGUGGAUUAAGUAUUACAAGAAUUUACUAAAGUAUGUCAUUUUAAACCUGUUUCAAGUGUAACAUUCAGUCAGUUACUGAAAAGAAAUUAGUUUCAGGUGGAAAUCAAAGUUGUGGCCUGCAAAGUUUGUACAAGAUGCAGCUGAUUACAGAAAAUUAAAAGAACUAAUAAAACAUUUAAAUAUUUACUUAUAUUAUAGUCAUUUCAAAGAUUCUUUGAGAGACUUUAUUAAUUUUGUCUUCUGAUCAUAAGGAAAUAAUUGAAAAUAUUAGAAUUGGAAUAUAAUUAUUUUGAUGAUAAAUCAGACCUACAGACUUA